UCUCAUUUUCUCCACUAUAGUAGCAUCUAUUAACUAAUUACAAAAUCGUAGACUAGAUAUAGUAAUAGCAACUUCAUACAUAAUAAAGAAAUAUCAAGCAAGGUGUCAAGUUUCAAAAUCAUGUUACAGUAGGAACCAAAUACUAAAGUUAGAUUCUUUAGGAUACUGCCUCAUACGGGUGUUUCUCUUUUAGCAUAUGUUUGACAAAUUUUUACACCAAAAUCAACUAUGAAUUCCCUUGGUUUCCUUCUUUUAUUGCUUGUUCUGGUUGCAUUUUCCAUUGUGCAGCUGGUUCAUGGAAAUGCAGAACUAAGAGCUCUUAUGGACUUGAAAUCCUCACUAGACCCGGAGGGAAAGAUCCUUAGCUCUUGGAGCAGUGAUGGUGAUCCAUGCAGUGGCUUGUUCCAAGGUGUUGCGUGCAAUGAGCACCGCAAAGUGGCCAACAUUUCCUUGCAGGGAAAGGGACUUUCAGGGUGGUUAUCUCCUUCUGUGGCUGAACUUAAAUGCUUGUCAGGUUUAUACCUUCAUUACAACAACCUUUCUGGUGAGAUACCCCCACAGAUUUCAAAUCUUACUGAACUUGUUGAUCUCUAUCUCGACGUGAAUAGUCUCUCCGGAACCAUACCUACUGAGAUCGGCAACAUGGCUAGUCUCCAAGUGGUGCAGUUAGGAGACAACCAAUUAGUGGGAAGUAUACCUAAACAGAUGGGCUCCUUGAAGCAGCUUAGUACUCUUGCAUUGCAAUAUAACAAAUUAAGUGGCGAAAUUCCACUAAGCUUGGGAAACUUGGAAAAGCUAAGCAGGCUGAAUUUGAGCUUUAACAACUUCACUGGUAUGAUUCCUGCAACAUUAGCUCAUCUUGAACAACUCAAGGUUCUAGACAUUCAAAACAAUUCUCUAUCAGGGUUUGUUCCUUCAGGAUUGAAGAGACUGGGGGAUGGAUUCCAAGGUGCAAACAACCGAGGUCUAUGUGGAGUUGGGUUUUCUACUCUGAGAGCAUGCAAGCCUGCGAAUGUGAAAUUGAAUUGUAACCAGACUCAUUGCUCAAAAUCAAGGAGGUUUCCUCAGGCUGUGAUCACAGCAGGUCUUGUGACAAUCACACUCACAUUCUUCAGCGUUGGAUUUCUUACUUUUGUCAAAUACCGACGGCAAAAGCAGAGGAUUAGGAAUACAUCAGACUCAUCUGAAGGGAAACUUAGUCCUUGCCAGCCUAAAGACUUCAUCAGGAAAAGUCCAUCUCCACUUGUUAACCUUGAGUAUCACAAUGGAUGGGAUCCAUUGUCUAACCAAAAUCUAAACCAGGUUAGAUUUAAUGUGGAUGAGGUAGAGUCGGCAACGCUGUACUUUUCGGAAGCCAAUUUAUUGAGUAAGAGCAAAUUCUCAGCAGUUUAUAAGGGAGUACUCAGAGAUGGUUCUCUUGUGGCCAUUAGAAGCAUUAACUCGACAUGCUGCAAAACUGAGGAAGCUGAGUUUGUGAAGGGGCUGACCUUAGUAACCUCACUGAGACAUGAAAACCUUGUUAGGCUCAGAGGUUUCUGCUGUUCAAGAAGUAGAGGUGAAUGUUUCCUGAUCUAUGACUUUGCCACCAAGGGAAACCUGUCUCAAUAUCUUGAUAUGGAAGAUGGAAAUGGACAUGUGCUUGAAUGGCCCAAGAGGGUCUCCAUCAUCAAGGGCAUUGCAAAGGGUAUUGGAUAUUUGCACGGUGAUGAAGCAAGCAAACCUUCCCUAGUACAUCAGAAUAUUUCAGUUGAAAAUGUUCUCCUUGACCAGCAGUUCAAUCCGUUGAUCAUGGAUGCUGGGCUCCCCAAGCUUCUUGCAGAUGACGUUGUUUUCUCAGCUCUGAAAGUAAGUGCCGCCAUGGGGUACCUGGCCCCUGAAUACGUUACUACAGGACGCUUCACUGAGAAGAGUGACAUCUAUGCAUUUGGUGUCAUUGUUCUUCAAGUUCUGUCUGGGAAGAAAACUGUAGGUGGUUCGAUACGGUUGGCAGUUGAGUCUCUAAGAUUUGAUGAUUUUGUUGACAGAAAUCUGAGGGGAAGAUACUCCAAACAUGAGGCAACAAUGCUUUCAAAGCUUGCAACUCUCUGCACCCAUGAGCUUCCUGACCAAAGGCCAACCAUGGUGGAUGUGAUUCAAGAACUGAAUGUGUUUCCUGCUAAUUCAUGAUAAUCUACUACAUUUCUACCCCAAAGGGUAUCAGAAAAAAUUGAGGCGUUUCACAAUUUCUGGUUCCGUUCAUGGCUACUAUUUUCAUGAACAUUUGCAGUAUUUUUUUGUUAGUUAGCAACUGAAAUAACAAUGACCAAAUAUCUGUAAAUUUGAGUU